AUGCCUCCUCGUAGAGAGCCAGAUCACCAGGAACUCCCACAGGCCACAGUGGUCGCUUUGUUCCGCGACUACCAUCCAGAAAAGUUUUCCGGCCAAGGAGAUCCUCGUGUAGUAGAUGAAUGGGUUCAGGGUCUCGAGAUUAUUUUCGAGGCCAUGAACUGCCCCGAUCGUUAUCGCAUGUUAUGUGCCCAGAUCCAGCUGAUCGGUGAUGCCAGACUCUGGUGGCAAACCUAUUGGAGUAUGCGUCCCGGUGAAAAAGACGGUUGUACAUGGGACCAGUUCAAGGAGUUGAUCCGAGAAAAGUAUUAUCCCUCGUAUUACCGAGCAGACAUGGAGCGCCAGUUCUUGGCACUCACUCAGGGUACUCGUACUGUCGACGAGUACAAAAGAGAGUUCACCCGUCUCGGAGCUUUU